AUGAGCGUGACGUCAUGGUUCCUGGUGAGUGGCUCGGGCACACGUCACCGCCUGCCCAAGGAGAUGAUCUUUGUGGGCCGCGAGGACUGCGAGCUGAUGCUACAGUCUCGCAGCGUGGACAAGCAGCACGCCGUCAUCAACUACAACGCCACCACCGACCAACACCUGGUCAAAGACUUGGGCAGUUUAAAUGGGACGUUCGUCAACGACCUGAGGAUUCCCGACCAGACGUACAUGACGCUCAAAGUCUCCGACAUCCUCCGCUUCGGAUAUGAUUCGCACGUCUACGUUCUGGAGAAGAGUCAACAUAAAGUCCCCGAAGAGGCACUCAAGCACGAGAAGUACACCAGUCAGUUGCAGAUCAGCUUGAAGCCAUCUCAGACGAAGAAGGAUGAGCUCGAGAAGAACACCGUUAACAAGAUUACGAUACAAGGUAUGCCCUUUCGCCCGGUCCAAGAUGUUCCGGUUCCACGGCCCACUCCGCUGUACGGCCAGCCGUCUUGGUGGGGAGAGGAGGAUUGCGGCAGUCGGACGGCCGGCCGAGAUGAGCCUCAGAAAGAAGAGCCUCGUACGGAAGCGCAGAAAGAAUCGGAUACCGAUUUCCCCGAAUGUCUCUCCGGUCCCCGAAACAAGAGCGUAUUCCCGGCGUACAGACGCGAGGCCGACUACUUUGAGAUUCCCACCAAGGACUCGCGACUCCCUGAGGCCGUGGAGGCGGAGCUACAAGAGAUCCCCACUAAGGACACGCCCCCCACCCCCGGCGAGACCCCGCCCGCCAUCCAGAGCCACGCCUCCUUCACCAUUGAGUUUGACGAAUGCGCACCGGGCAAGAUCAAAAUCAAAGACCACGUGACCAAAUUCUCCUCCCGCCACGGGAAGACGGCACCCCCUGUCAAGGCCGCGCCCGCGAUGUCUUCACAGAGCAAAGUGGCCGAUUGGUUGGUUCGCGGUGACCUGGGCGUGAUGAGGAUGCGCCCCGUCUGCGACGACGUUUACAGCACAAAGAGCGACCUCGCCAUUAACGUCAAGUCGUCGAAAGGUCAUCACCACGACGACGGAACCCAAAGCGACUCCGAGGAUCCCACGCUGAAAAGCGGGAGGAGUAAAUCCCGCCGUCCCGAGGCGACCUCGCCGGCGGCCCCGGAACCCGAACCGUGCCGGAGCCCCCCUCGGGCACCGUCCCCCGUCGCGGACCCGUCGCCCGAGCGGGUUCCUUCCGAGCGCCUGAGCCAGCGAGCCUUCGUCAUCGAGUUUUUUGACGACAACCCUCGCAAGAAGCGCUCGCAGUCGUUCACUCACAACCCAGCCCACGCCGAUUCGUAUUCCGCCCUCAAGACCAAGCCGCGCAGAGGCGGCGAGCGACCGGCGUCCGUUCACGGCCACGUAGCUCCCACCCAGCAGGUGACGGUGCCGCUCAAAGGUCCCGGCGGCGGCGGGGCCCCUCAGAGAUCCGCUUCCCUGAAGCGGGAACACGCGGACGCGGAGACCUCUCGCUCCACUUCGGCCAUCUCGGUCCGUCCUUACGGCAGCGUCGGGAAGGAAUCCAAACUGGCUCGGGAGUUUGCCGUGGAAUUCUUAAAAGAUUCUAGUCCGGACUCGUUGCCUACCAGGGAGCGGAUGUCGUCUCCGCCGGCGUCGGCACCGCCGGUGAUGGUGCGGCCUCCUCCUUCGCCGCCGCAACCUUCCACCCCGCCCGUGACCGCACCCCCCGCCUUACCGCCCCUGAGCUUUCCCGGAGGAGAACCCGAAGGUCGUCAGAAGCCGUCGAGGAACGAGGAGGACGACAGCGUGAGCGAGGCCGGCACUUACACCAUUGACACCGAGGCUCACGACCGGGAAGUGGAAGACGCUCGCAACAUGAUCGACCAGGUCUUCGGAGUCCUGGACUCUCCGGAGUACGGCGGGCAGAGUCCGGGGACCCCCAGACCCGUGAUCGACGAAGGCCGGGACGAACGUGCCGAUGUCGCUAGCUGUUGCGCGAUGUUGCACGACUUUAGUCUAGCCAGUGGUGGCGUACCCGCGACCAGCUCCAUACAGCCUCCAGGUCCGGAAGGACCAAAGUGGGUUUCCCGUUGGGCCAGUCUAGCAGAUAGUUGUGGUGCCACUCCGACACAAGAAGACUCGCAGGUGCCGGUACGGCCGAGCGAAGGUCACGGCCACGACCUCUCGGAGUCAGAGUCCGGCCACGGCUCCAGAACCAGAAGGCUCCUGCCUCAGGUGCCCCCCGAAAAGCCGGACGGUGCCCUCCUCGUAUGCCGGGAAGACCGUUCGGACGGUGCCCCGCCACGCCGACGGGAGUCCGCGCGGUGCUUGACAGUUCAGGAUGAACUGGAGCCAGACAGUCUGAGUGACGCCAGCCGCUCAGAAGACGGGCCCGUUUUAAAGAACCGUCGGGCCGCUUUGAAAACUUUGGCUCCUUCCGAGGGUCCGGAGAAAUUGUCCUCCUCUUGCAAAUCCGCCAUUUUCUACAUCGGUUCUGAAGAAAAUCCAACCAAAGCAGACUCAAGCCGGCCUGAAUUUCGGGCCAAAACUCCGCCGACCGCCGUCCUGAUCCGCCAGCUCGGCGCCCGCGAGCCGCGAAAGGGUGGCAUUAAAGCCAACAGCUCGGCGCCGGACCUCCGAACCUCGCGGGACAAAGACGCCUCGUCCCUCAUACGGCGAGAAAGUUUCACCAAAGCGGGGCCGAGUGACAACGUCCGAGUCGAGAAGCUUCCUCAAAUUUCCGCAGAACGGGCGCCGGGGUACCCGGCUCCCGGCGCCGAGAAAGGCGGCCACGUUGACGACUCGCUAUCCGGAGAGUCGGACGUGGACACGGCCAGCACAGUCAGUCAGGUGAGCGGCAAAAAUGCCUCCGUGGCUAAGAAAGGGCCCGACGGCGCACUCCGGAAGGACGAGAGCCCCUCGGCUCGGCAGAAGGGACGGCAGCCCUCGGCCCGCGAGCGACUUUCGGAGAAACGGCGAAAGCGGACUCCCGCCGACGAGCGCGUUCAGACGCGUCGCGGUGUUGGCCGCGCCUCUAUGGACGCGUCCUCCGAAAGCCGGUCGGGUAAAAAGCCCGGCUCCCGGCUUCAAAAAGAGGAGCGCGUCAAGACGGCCGAGGCGCAGGUUCUGACUCGCUCCAACAGCUUGUCCGCGCCGCGCCCCACCCGAGCGUCCAUGCUGCGACGAGCGCGUCUGGGAGAAGCCUCGGAUAACGAAGGCGCAGAGACCGACCGGGCCUCCCAAAGUUCGGACCACGCCGCAGCCUCCAAAGAGACCAAGAAACUGUCCAGGCUGGACAUCUUGGCGCUGCCGAGGAGGAGGACUGGUUCUUUGGCAGCCUCCGGCGACGACGCCACAUCUUCCGCCAGCCGCGGCGCCUUCCCCGAUCGCAAAAAGUCUUCAGCCGACGAGGCCCGAGCGGCCGCCAGCAGAGCUGCGGGGAAGAACGCGCUCAGCCGAGCCAAGUACCCAAACAGCGGUGAGUGAAUGUCACGCCGUCGACGCAAGAACUCCAAUUUUUCCUCUUCAUCUGACGAAGACUACAAAAGUGACGUCGCCAAAGCCAAACGCUCGGCUGGGACCCUUCGGAGCGAUGGGACGCCCGCCGGCCGCUCCAAAUCCGUCUCCGCGGAGACUGAGGAAGACGACGACCGCAGCGACCCUUACCAGAACUGGUCCACGCACAGUGCCGAGAUCGCAAAGCUGAGUCACGACUUGGCCAAAGACUUGGCCAUCUUAGCCAGAGAAAUCCAUGACGUGGCCGGAGACGGGGACUGCCCGGCCGCCGACGCCGCACCCGGUUCCGCGCCGGACACGUCGGCCUCAGCCAUGUCUGCCAGCGAAGAGGUAGGCCUUCAACCGCAACGCGACACCCAGCUGUUGAGUCCGCUGCGUCACCUGUCGCACGCCAUCCGGGACAAUACGGAGCAGCUGGCCGCCAAACUCAAGAUGCUGUUCCACAACAAAGCGGAAGCGUGGGAGGAGAUCGACAAGAAGAUCAAGACGGACACCCAGCCGACGGGGACGUCUAAUAAGGAGAUCACGUCCAUUGUGGCGGAACUUCGCCGAGUCCAAAAGCAGCUGGAAGUCAUCAACCGGGUAGUGGAUCCCGCCGGGAACCCGCAAGCCCCAGCCCCUGGUCUUCGGACCUCCUCCAAGGAGAAGAAACAAAAUGGCGUCUCUCCCAAAACUCGCCGUCACGUGCCCUGA